CAGGCACACCUGCCCUCACUGGAGAGAGUGUGUGAGUGCAUGUCAGUGUGCAUGUGCGUGUGUGUACUAGAGUUGGGCGUGGAGCUGUUGUGAGUGGACAUGUCAGCACGGAUGGGUCCACUGCUGCUCACCAUUUCCCUCCUUCAACUUCUGUCUCUGGGGACAUGCUUCCCAAAUGGCGCCCCGUCCUCUGCCUGUGAGGACAUGGUCCCUCGUCAUGCUGGUGUCCAGCCCCAGCCCUCCCCGGCUCCCUACACCAUUCAAACCAGCAGUCGCACCUUUCAGCCUGGCCAGCCUCUCACAGUGACCAUCAAGGGACCAGAUUACAGAGGUGUGCUGUUGGAAGCUCGCACGGGGACCAGUGUCAAUGCCUUAGGAAGCUGGCAAUCUCCUCCAGCUGACACAAAAUUCCUCCAAUGCUCAGGCAACCCACAAGGUGCCAUCACCCAUUCCAACACCAACCUGAAAGGCAACUCCACUGUGUACUCCUGGAUACCCCCAAGUGGGGUCAACAAUAUUUACUUCAUGGCUACAGUAGCUCAACAGCGCACAGUUUUCUGGCUGAAUGUGAGGUCAGACACCCUGACCCAAGGUGCAGCGGCAGGAGGGAUUGGUUUGGCUGCAGGAGGGGAGCCUGCGGUAUGGGCCAAGGCAGGGCUCCUAUUCCUUGUUCCCUGCCUCCUGUCCAUACUGCUCCACUCCAGAUAGCUACAUGAGGUCCUGGGGUACCACACUGGAGUGACUCCACAUUAAACACAGGGUCACAGUGUAGUGCAGGGUGUCCUAUAAAUGCCACCCGGUACACUCAACAG